ACACCUACAAUCCAAAAGGACGCAGACGUGUAUUUGAGCUUGGAAUCUAUAUGUACAGUCUUAUGGAAUAAUUGUAUCACUAUACAGGUGUAGUGUAUAGCCAUGGCUGCAUGGGUGGGGGCGACAACAAGGGAAAUGGGCCAAUCGCUCAUCAACCCAGACAAACCUUCAGUUUCAGCCUCUGCACUCCCUGGAGACACUGGGAAGCCAGCGUUGCGCCCAAAACCGCACCUCAUGCCUAAACCAUUUGCCCUGCAAAGAAACUCCACCGUCCGCCCAAUCCGGGCCCCAAAAACCAACUUUAGCAGAGAGCUCCAUCGAGCCGCCUCUUCUGAAGCACUUUUGGAUAUCAAAAAAGCUGGUGCUGGUGGUCCAAAUCUAUCAGAAUCCCAAAAAUCAGGCUCAAAUGGCAGAGUAAAUGGGUCUAAUCAAAUUGCAGCUCCUAAACCCGUCCCACUCGGCCCAAAACCUGACUUAUUGGCUAAACCUAAACCAGAACCCACUAAGAGUCCUGGUUCUAAUAACCAAACUGGUCCAAACUCAAAGCCUGCUGUGACCGCUGAAGAUGUGAAGGACGUUCAGCCCAGGAGCAGAGCAAAAUCUUUGGGUUCUCAGGAUCAAAAGAUUCUCAACCAGAAGGACCAAGGAGAAGCAGCCAAGACUGAAGCAGACGUCAAAGUGUCUUCACGAUGCUGGCCGCCUCGGAAUCGUCUCUCCGUUGAGCUGACCUCCAAGUUCGAGUCACCGUCUCAACCCGAGAAGGAGGUGAGGAGAGAUGCUGAAACCAGCAAGACGGAGAAAGAGUGGCCGCCACAUUCUCCUUCUGAGUCCAAGCCUUCGAAGCUUCCGGUGGAUACAGGAGAGAUGGGAGACGAGGACGUCAGCGGAGGCAGCAUUAAGAGACGGAUCAGCCUUCUCUUCGAUCGAUCUACAGCAGCUCAGCACAAGGACACUUUCGACAAAAGAGACAAUCCAGCUUCUGAAAUAUCUGUUGAUAUUAAACAGAGAAUCCAGAAUCUGAGCUUGGACGUGCCCAGGACACGCUUGCCAUCCACUGGUGGUCCUAAAAGUCCACCAUCUGAGAAGACACCAAAUGAGAGAUCAUCUGAAAAACCUGCAGCGACAGAAAAGGUGCCUGUUGACAAACCACCAAGUAUUGCAGAAAUCAAGAACUCUGCUGCUAGUGUGGAGAAUGUAGAAGAAGAGGAAGACCAUGAAGAUGAAGAGGAGGACUAUGUCCUUGUUCCUGUUUACCGAAGGCUUGGGACGAGCCUAGAUGUGGAGACAAAGAGAAGGGAAGAAGAAGAAAAACAGAGAAAAGAUGAGCAGUUAGAGAAAGAAAGACAACAGCGGGAAAGGGAAAGACUUUUGGAGGAGGAGAGGAAGGCAAGAGAAAUAGAGAGACAGAAAGAGGAGCAACGCAAACGUGCUGAGGAAGAGAGAAAACAGGAAGAGGAAAAGCAAAGACAGAUGGAAGAAAAGAGAAAGCAAGAAGAAGAACGAAAGAGAAGGAUUGAAGAAGAAAAAGAGAGACUGAGAGAAGAAGAAAGAGUAAAGAAAGAGAGAGAAAUGGAAGAAGAGAGGAGAAGAAUUCAGGAGUUGGAGAGACAGAAAGACGAGGAAAGACUGAGACAAGAACGAGAAAAAGAAGAGAGGUUAAAGAAACAGCGAGAAAUGGAAGAAAGAAAACGAAUGGAAGAAGAGGAAAGAUUGAGACAAGAACAAGAAAUGGAGAGAAUACGGAAAGAAAAAGAAAUGGAAGAAGAGAGACAAAGAAUUCAAGAGAUUGAAAGACAGAAAGAGGAGGAAAGAUUGAGAAAAGAACGAGAAUUAGAGAGACUAAAGAAAGAAAAAGAGAUGGAAGAAGAGAGACAAAGAAUUCAAAGACAGAAAGAGGAGGAAAGACUGAGAAAAGAACGAGAAAUAGAGAGAUUGCGUAAAGAGAGAGAAAUUGAAGAAAGAAAACGAAUGGAAGAGGAGAGACAGAGAGAAGAAGAAAGACUGAGACAGGAAAGAGAAAGAGAGAGACUAAAUAAAGAAAAAGAGAUGGAAGAAGAGAGGAGAAGAAUUCAGGAAUUGGAGAGACAAAAAGAGGAGGAAAGAUUGAGAAAUGAACGAGAAUUAGAGAGACUAAAGAAAGAAAAAGAGAUGGAAGAAGACAGAAGAAGAACUCAAGAGAUUGAAAGACAGAAAGAGGAGGAAAGACUGAGAAAAGAACGAAAAUUAGAGAGAAUGAGGAAAGAAAAAGAGAUGGAAGAAGAGAGAAGAACUCAAGAGAUUGAAAGACAGAAAGAGGAGGAAAGAUUGAGAAAAGAACGAGAAUUAGAGAGACUAGAGAAAGAAAAAGAGAUGGAAGAAGAGAGAAGAAGAACUCAAGAGAUUGAAAGACUGAAAAAGGAGGAAAGACUGAGAAAAGAACGAGAAUUGGAGAGACUAAAGAAAGAAAAAGAGAUGGAAGAAGAGAGAAGAAGAACUCAAGAGAUUGAAAGACUGAAAGAAGAAGAAAAAAGAAGACAGGAACGAGAACAUGAGAUGGAGAUGGAAACGUGUGAAGCAGCAGAGAGAGUACGAGAGGAAGUUCCUACGAGUUAUGAUUUAAUAUCAACUGAUGCGUCACAGACUCUGGUCUCCACCGUCCAGCCCGCUGACGUCUCGCCUCGACUCACACAAGUGACUUACGAUGACUUUUCAGUGAAACCCCGAAGAUGGGGAACUAGGGUGAGAUGUUCCUCGUCUCCAUCCAGAGAAACUCCUGCUGCUCCUCACCACAUUCUACAGCCAGAAUCAAAGUCCAGUCAUCCUGGACCCCAAGAACCAAGCGGAGAUCAGGUGUCUGUGCAUGAUCUGAUCGAAUUUGAACCUGAAGUUUCCAGCCCACACAACUCUACAGAAAGCAGAACGCACACAUGUUUAUUUGAGGCGGAAACUGAGUCCAAACCAGGGGAUCUGCUGGAGCCAGAAACAGAUGAGGGUCAGUUGAAGGACGGUGAACCCGAGGAGCAUGGAGUUGCAGAGCAGGACACAGAGAAUCUCAUCGGGGAAACCGACGAACAAACUGAAAACAACGACACUGUUGAUGAUCCCGCUACACAGAUCAGAAUCAAUCAAGCCUUGCGGAGACUGACUCAGGCCAGACGACGAAAUACAUCUACUGAUUCAGACACAGCAGACGUCCCAGUUCAGGAGGAGCCCGAAGCGCUACCGGUUCUUGAGUCUGCAGCUCCUCUGUUGGACUCCAGCGUUUUUCGUUCGAAGGUUGAUCUGGGAAAGAAACGGAGCAUAAAGCGCAGCAGACCGUCUCGUGCCGUCCGACAGAGAGCCGUUCUGCCCGCUCUGACAGAGGGAACGCAAUCCGACUGGAGGUUCUGCGACUCCACAGAUGCGAAAGAUCAGUGUUCCAAUGGAGUGGACUCUGAAUCAGAUGAGGAACCGUCCCGGGACGUCACGUCCUCUCCAGCCCCAAACCAGCCCAAGAGAGUCCCUGUGUUUCCUGGGAUGGACCCUUCUGCCCUCAUGGCCCAGCUAAAGCGGAGAAGUGCAGUGAUAGAAACAGAAAGUCCAACAGAAGCAGUCCCCUCACGCUCUCCCCGCACACCCACCAUGGCCCUCGGCCCCAGAGUGCUGCCCCCUGUUGACGCCAAGGACAGUGGGUCCGGCUCUUCACCCUCCUGGCUGCUUGAGCUCAAAUCCAAGAAGCGAAUGAGUCAACCUGAGAGUGAAGCGUGAAGCUCAGGUCUGAUGCGGUUUGUUGAGAGGAAGUCCUCUGCCACAAAGAUGCCAAAGGAACUGACUUACACGAAUGAUCUUUCAUUCUCAUACUGACUGAGCAUCAGACUAUUUCAAGGACGAGUCCUGGACUGAACUGUUUGGAGGCUUUGCCAAGAUGACGUCCUGUUAUGCACAUUUUUAUUUUUACAUGAAAGUCUGUCCUAAUUGUUUGGCAGCAUUAUAGACGGCGUGCUUGAAAAGCAAGCGCUGUUCACUGUCAGUCUGGAACCAAGUUAAUUUUACAGUUAUUUAAUUUUGUUUACAUUUAUUAAUCCAACAGAUCUUUUUAUCCAAAGUGAGGUUGGUUUAUCCAUCGAGUUCCUCCAGUUCAAUCAGUAUAGCUUUAUGCUACAAUGCACUUUAAAUAAGUUGGAUCACUGGAAAAGGUGCCUUAGGGCUCUUGGGCAUUUUAUUGCAUUUUAAAUCAGAAUUUAAAUAUUGUGUUUCUAAAACUUCUAAGUCUGAUCUUAAGAUGUUCAUUGCUAUAUGAAACUACUUUUUCUUUCUCUAAAUUGUUUUCGUUCUGUUUACAACAUGUGCCAUUCCAGCUUAUAAACAUCAUUUGAUUUUGUUCACUUCUUUUCUUUUCUUUUCUUUUUAAUCUUUUAUUUUCCAUAUUUUUUCUUUAAUUAAAGCUCUAGUGAGCAGAAAAGCAACAGCUGAUGUGCUUGGAUCGGGCUGAUUAUCGUUUACGAGGUUUUGUUUUAUUGCCAAUGCCUUUACAG